UACCUCGUCUGCGACGCGACGCACGCCGACGCGAGCAUCGUCGCCUGCAGCCAAGCCUGGCUCAACGUCUGCGGCUACCGGCCGGAGCACGUCCUCGGCCGCCCAAACUGCCGCUUCCUGCAAGGGCCGGACACGGACUACCGCAGCAUCGCGGAGAUGGCGUCGUCAAUCAACGCGGGCCACGUCUGCUACGCGUCCAUCGUCAACUACCACCGCGACGGGUCCAAGUUCGUCAACAAGUUCGUCAUGGGGCCCCUC